AACUUUCGUUUCCUCUCAGCGCUGCAUCCCUGAACCAUCCACUGCUGUCGCAGUCGCACUCAAGUUUCUCUCAUCCGAGCAGCUGGUGGACUCGCUACGAACAAAACAAAUUUAGCUUAAUUAAUUUACAGUAGACAAUAAGUCGUCAUCAUGAGCACUCUGAACCAACAGUAUGAGGAGAGGGUGCGUCCCUGCAUUGACCUCAUUGACUCUCUCCGCUCUCUGGGAGUAGAGAAGGACCUGGCGCUGCCUGCUAUCGCCGUCAUUGGAGACCAAAGCUCGGGGAAGAGCUCCGUGCUGGAGGCGCUGUCAGGGGUGGCUCUGCCAAGAGGAAGUGGCAUUGUGACAAGAUGUCCUCUGGAACUGAAGAUGAAGAGAAAUAAAGAAGGAGAGGAGUGGUACGGAUAUAUAAGCUACGAGGGCCAUGAGGAGGAGAUAAAAGACCCUGCAGUUGUCGAGAAAAAGAUUCACGAUGCUCAGAAUAGAAUAGCUGGGAAAGGUGCAGGGAUCAGUGACAAACUCAUCAGUCUGGAGAUCGGUUCUCCUGAUGUACCAGACCUGACCCUCAUUGACCUGCCUGGCAUCGCCAGAGUGGCUGUACAUGGACAACCAGAGGACAUUGGAGAGCAGAUAAAGGGACUGAUCCAGAAGUUCAUCAAAAAGCAGGAAACCAUCAGCUUGGUGGUUGUUCCAUGCAACGUGGACAUAGCAACCACUGAGGCUUUGAAGAUGGCACAGGAGGUGGAUCCUGGUGGAGAGAGGACUCUGGGUAUCUUGACCAAGCCUGACCUGGUGGACAAAGGAACAGAAGAGACAGUGGUUGCAGUUGUCCAUAAUGAAAUCAUUCCCCUGAAGAAGGGCUACAUGAUCGUCAGGUGCAGGGGUCAGAAGGAGAUCAAAGACAAGAUGUCCCUUAGUGAAGCGAUAGAACGAGAGAAAGUCUUCUUCAGGGAUAAUCUGCAUUUCCAGAUUCUGUUCGAGGAAGGUUAUGCCACCAUUCCUAAACUGGCGGAAAAUCUUACCCUUGAGCUGGUGCAUCAUAUCAAGGCAUCUCUUCCUCGACUAGAAGAGCAGAUAGAGAAGAAACUAGCACGUACUCAGGCAGAGCUGGACAAAUAUGGUGCAGGACCCCCUCCUGAUGCAGCUGAACGUCUCAGCUUUCUCAUUGACAGAGUGACAGCGUUUACACAGGAUGCCAUCAGCCUCACCACAGGGGAGGAGCUCAAAUUUGGAGGCAGAGCAAACAUCUUUGCCACACUCAGAAAAGAGUUUGCUGUCUGGAAAGAAAUCAUUGAGCGCUCUGGAGUAACAUUCAACUGGAAUAUUGAGAAAGAGGUGGCUCAGUAUGAGCGAAAGUACCGUGGAAGAGAACUACCGGGCUUCAUCAACUACAAGACCUUUGAAGGCAUGGUCAAGGAGCAGAUCAAACAGCUGGAAGAACCAGCUGUCAUGAAACUCAGGGAAGUGGCAGAAAUCGUGAAGAAAGAGCUGUUUAUGUUGGCAAAGAGCAGCCUUGUUGGACUUCCUAACCUCAUCAGAACAGCUCAGAUGAAGAUUGAAGCCAUCAGAAAGGAGAAGGAGAUUGAAGCGGAGUCCAUGCUGAGGACUCAGUUUAAGAUGGAGUUGAUCGUUUACACUCAGGACAGCACAUACAGCAAGAAGUUAGGGAAGAGGAAGAGGGAAGCUGAAGCUGCAUUUUUGAAUUCUACACUAGUGAAGACAAGCACCAGCAGCACUGCGAGCAAUAAUGACACUGGGGCCACCCUGAAAGAGAUGAUUAAGCACCUUAAAUCAUAUUACCAAAUUGCCGGCCAGCGUCUGGCUGACCAGGUCCCGAUGGUGAUCCGCUACCAGAUGUUGCAGGAGUCUGCCAUCGAGCUGCAGAGGGAGAUGCUGAAGAUGCUUCAGGAGAAGGAGAAAACAGAGGCCCUGCUUGAAGAGGACUCUAGCAUAAAAACCAAGAGAGUCGAACUUCAGAAACGCCACAAGCGCCUUUCGAGGGCACGGAUUCUGUUGACCGACUUUAGUAUGAACAUAUACAACUUCAGCGCAACACAACAGAAGUGCAAACCAUAAAACCAACCAGGUUAUGGAUAGAAGAAGAAGCUGCAUAUAUAUUCUAUGCAUUUAUUUUGUUGGGGGAGUAAUAAGCUUAUAAAUAUGAAGUUAAACUGGUUGAUUAGUUAGGUGCCAAUGAUGUUAGCUGCUGGGCAAAAUACCAUUUUAGUCCAGAACUGUUAAACCAUGUGUCAUAGAUUGAAAUGUAUACAUAAUAUGUACUUUGAUGUGAAUCUAAAAACUGUAAACCUCUCUUGUAUUAAAUAUAAAUUGU